AUGGAUGAGGAAAUAAAUAAUGAAGAAAUUGAUGAUACAAUACAAAAUAUUAUUUAUUGCAUUAUGGUCAAAGCUAGAGCGCACCAAAAUAAACAAGAACAAGUGGAAGAAGAAACAAUGGAGUUGCCACGGUAUGUCUCAGAUUAUUUCGAUAGAGUAAAUCCUUUGGAGUGGAAGCUGUCGCAUUUUUUACACAAUACGGUAAAAUCACGACCGAGUAGCUUAUCAAGGGAACAAGUAUUACGCGCUUUUAAAACAGGAUUAGAAAAUGGUUGGGAAGGAAUGUUCAAGAAGAAAAGGCUAACAAUUUUUGGAUCCGAAGUCACGUUGGAAGCCGCUGAUAUGACGAAGUCUCGAAACAUAACUGGUGCAAAAUUAUGUGUUGCCAAAAAGCUCCUAUAA